AUGGCAGAAUUCGCAGGUUUACCGAUCCCAACAAUGGAUUGGCCUUCACCGGAUGCUCCGCAAGCGUUCAAAAGGUUUAAAGCGCGAUGCGAACUUUACUUCUCUGGCCCACUGAAAGAAAAGUCGGGGGAAGAACAAAUAAGCUACCUUCUCAUCUGGUCGUGCGACGAUGGCAUCGAAUUAGUUUCCACUUGGGCCUUAUCGAACCAGGAGAAGAAGAAACUUGACACCUACUGGACUCGCUUUGAAAGCUAUUUGUCCCCAAAGAGCAACUUUCGGCUAUCAAGAUACAAACUCAGGACCCCGAAGCAAGAACCUGGUGAGUCAGUGGAUUCAUUUGUCAAGAAAAUUCGAAUUCUGGUCGAAGAAUGUCGAUUUACGAGUCCUGACGAGCACAUCAUCGAUGCUCUCAUCUUUGGAUCUAACUCCAAGCGUACGCAAACCAAGCUCCUGGACAAGGACGCCACUCUCACGCUUGAUAUCGCCCAAACCGAAGAGGUAACAAGUAAUCAGAUUAAAGAAAUUUCACCUGGUACUUCAACUCACGUUGACGCGCUAAAUUGCGGUCCUCCCAUCAGGCCUCGCGGCCCCAUUAUUCGCUUGUGUAGAUGUUGCGGCACCGAACACGACAUUUCUGAGCAAUCUUUUUGUCCUGCCUAUGGUUCAAAAUGUGGUGCUUGCGGAAAAGAGAACCACUGGAGGAAAGUCUGUCGUUCAUCAAAGCCUGACAAAAAGGGGAAGGCGAAGCAUGUUCGUCCAAAACCUCCUAAACCUCCAAAAGGGAAAUCUGAUAGAAAGAAGCAUUUCCAUUGCGUUGAGGCCCGUGAUAAAAGGGAAGACAGCCCCCAAACAUCAGUUCCGGAUCAGCUAUACUUCCAUACCUUGUCAGUUAAUUAG